GCUUGCAACGGCCGGUUUACUUCAAAAUCGCUAAAAGUGUGUGCGCGAAAUCUAAACGCAAAAAAGUUGCAGUUUUGCUGGUUCCAUUUACGAGGUAAUAUUAAAUUUUUGCCAUUUCGCUGGUUCCGUUGACGAAAUAUUCCCGAUUCCGGUUAGCAACAAAGUGCAGUGCUAGUGUGGUACAAUUAGUUUGCCCACGGAGUGAAAUCUGCGCCGUCAACAAUGGAGAUCACCGAGAACAACUUUGAGCGUCUCGCAAGUUAUCUGCAGCAAACGCUGAGCCCUGAUCCAGAAGUGCGUCGGCCCGCCGAGCGUUUCAUUGAGAGCAUCGAAAUUAGCCAGAACUACCCACUUCUCUGCUUGCAUCUGAUCGAUAGAUCCCAGAUCGACAUCACCAUCCGCGUGGCAGCUGCCAUUGCCUUCAAGAACUUUGUCAAGCGCAACUGGGGCUAUCAUCUCGAUAACGAUGGACCCGACAAGGUGGCCGAAUCGGAUCGGAACGGCAUCAAGACGAUGAUCGUUCCGCUGAUGUUGAAGUCGCCAUCGUCGAUCCAGAAGCAGCUCAGUGAUGCGGUGAGUAUUAUUGGAAAGUAUGACUUUCCGUUGAAGUGGCCUCAGCUGAUGGAUGAAAUGAUCGAGAAGUUUGCCACGGGGGACUUCAAUGUGAUCAACGGAGUCCUCCAGACGGCUCAUUCGCUGUUUAAGCGCUAUCGUUACGAGUUCAAAUCGCAAGAACUGUGGGAAGAAAUCAAAUUCGUUCUGGACAAGCUGGCGAAACCGUUGACGGAUUUGUUACAGGCAACACUCGGGCUUGCCGAAGCCCACGCCAACAACGAAGAAGCAUUAAAGAUUAUCUAUGGGUCUCUUACGCUUGUAUGCAAGGUAUUUUACUCGUUGAACUCUCAAGAUUUGCCUGAAUUCUUCGAGGAUAAUAUGGAUACCUGGAUGAAGGCAUUCCACGGAAUGUUAACCAUUGACAUUCCAUGUUUAAAAACGGGAGAAGACGAAGAUGCAGGUGUUUUGGAGCAUUUACGAUCCCAAAUCUGUGAGAAUCUUUGUUUAUACGCUCAGAAGUAUGACGAGGAAUUCGGGCCCUACAUGCCACAAUUUGUGACCGCCGUCUGGGAACUAUUAGUAAACACUGGCAUUCAGACCAAGUACGAUACUUUGGUUUCGAAUGCGCUGAACUUCCUUAGUACAGUGGCCGAUAGAAAUCAUUACCGGCAUUUGUUCGAAGAUCCAAAUGUUUUAGCAAGCAUUUGUGAGAAAGUUAUCAUUCCCAACAUGGACUUCCGAGUCUCGGACGAGGAGCUCUUUGAAGACAAUCCGGAAGAGUACAUUCGAAGAGAUAUUGAAGGUUCCGAUGUGGAAACAAGGCGCAGGGCCGCCUGUGAUUUGGUUAAAACUCUCUCCCAGAACUUCGAAUCCAAAAUCAUUGAGAUUUUCGGACAAUAUUUGCAAGUCUUGUUGGCCAAGUAUGCCGAAAAUCCCGCCAACAAUUGGAAAACCAAGGAUACCGCCAUCUACCUAGUCACUUCGAUGGCUUCCAAAGGUCAAACUCAAAAACUCGGUGUCACUCAAACGUCCGAAUUGGUACCUCUGCCACAGUUCACACAGCAGCAGAUAAUUCCGGAACUGGAACGGGCAGACGUCAACGAACUUCCAGUCUUGAAGGCAGACGCUCUCAAAUUCAUCAUGACAUUCCGAACGAUUCUUGGACCGCAGAUCAUUGUGGCCACGAUGCCUCUGGUUGCGAAACAUCUCGCCGCUGGCAAUGUCGUAGUUCACAGCUACGCCGCAUGUGCAAUCGACAAAAUCCUUACCAUGCAGGGUCCGGACAAAAAGCCUAUUGUCACCAAGGAAAUUCUUACUCCACUUAGUGCCGAGUUGAUAACCGGUCUGUUCGCAGCGUUCACCGUUCAGGGCUCCAACGAGAACGAAUACAUAAUGAAGUGUAUUAUGCGGACUUUGAACACUCUACAGGAAGCGUCGUUGCCGUACAUGAUCGUGGUACUGCCGCGAUUGACGGAGAUUUUGACUGUCGUGUCCAAAAAUCCUUCCAAACCGCACUUCAAUCAUUAUCUGUUCGAAACGCUAUCACUGUCGGUCAAACUCGUUUGCAAAGCUGAUCCCAAUGCAGUUAGCUCGUUUGAAGAAGCUCUUUUCCCAGUAUUUCAAGGAAUACUGCAACAAGACGUUCUAGAAUUCAUGCCAUAUGUUUUUCAAAUGUUGUCACUGUUUUUGGAAAUUCGUGAGGGCAAAAGCGCUAUCCCGGAAACCUAUCUGUCGCUCUUCCCAUGUUUGCUAGCACCCGCUCUCUGGGAGAGACCCGGAAACGUGACCCCGUUGAUUCGACUUCUGUGCGCUUUCGUGCGCCAAGCUUCACCACAAAUAAGCGCCGAUGGCAAAUUGAAUGGUGUCCUCGGUGUGUUCCAGAAAAUGAUUGCUUCGAAAAGCAAUGAUCAUGAAGGGUUCUAUCUUUUGCAAAACCUUCUGCUGCACUACCCGAGCGAAGAACUAGGACAAAGCAUGCGUCAGAUAUUCUCACUUUUGUUCCAACGGCUGAGCUCAUCCAAGACCACAAAAUUCGUGCGAAGCUUCAUUGUAUUUCUGUGUCUUUAUGCAGCUCGUGUCGGAGCUCAAGCUCUCGUACAACUUAUCGAUAACAUUCAAACCAACAUGUUUGGCAUGGUCAUCGAGCGCAUCUUCGUGCCAGACAUCAACAAGGUCUCUGGCGAACUAGAACAGAAAACUGUUUCGGUAGGCAUCACCAAGCUUCUCUGCGAUGCUCCCGAGCUUCUGUCCGACGUGUACGUAAAGUUCUGGCCACAGCUGUUGCAAACGGUCAUUCAGAUUUUCGAACUCCCGCCGGACGAGUCGAACAUUGACGGAGAUACCUUCAUCGAGAUCGAGGACGUUUCUGGGUACCAGGCGGCCUAUUCGCAGCUGAAUUUUGCCCAGGCCAAACCAAUCGAUCCGCUGCCAGAGGUGGCGAACACCCGUCAGUUUCUUGUGCAGAAUCUCGGCAAACUGGCUCAGUCGAAUCCGGGUAAGAUCGGUGUCCUGGUAGCAUCGCUACCAGUGGCGCACCAGGAAGCCCUACAGAAGUACUGCGCUCAAAGUGGAGUGCAGAUUGCAUAAAUAUGUAGUAAUACUUGUUAGGUUACCAUAUUGUACACUCAUUUUCAUCCUCUAUGAUUAAGGCCAACUGCAUUAGUGUUAUCGUAAGUCAGAGUUUGAAUAAACUGCUAGGUGUUACUUUUUA